AUGGCGUUGAGAUGUCAAUACGAAAGCUCCAGCGACGUCGCUGUCUUCUGUAAGCUCACAAAUGCGUACUGUUUAGUUGGUAUUGGCGGAACGUCACACUUUUACAGGUAUGUCGAGUUUAUUUUCUUGUUUAUCGAUUUAGAUAAUGGAGUUUUGUAACGAUAUUGUAGUAGAUACAACUAGGAAGCUUCGACUUUAAUUUUUUGUGUUGAAAACGGUCUGGGUGUCAAGAAUAUCUUGUGGUUUAGCAAGGGGAUGCUUUUACGAUGCAUACCAAAUUGAAAUAUGUUGUUUUACUUUUUUUAUAUUUUAAAAUUUUAAAUUUUAGUUGUAGUUGGCAUAAAAUGCUGAUUUUUAUGGGUUUUUUUAUAGAUUCCUGAUGGAAAUUACCAAGAUUUGUGAUUUUGUUAGUUAAUUAGGUAAUAAAAUGCUUCUGGAAUACAAUAAUUUGAUUCUUUAGUAUUGUCGAAGCCGAAUUGGCCGAUGUUAUCCCUGUCAUACACUGUACCAUCGCCGGAACCUCGAUUGUUGGCCGAAUCUGUGCUGGUAAUCGCCACGGCCUGCUUGUACCUGACUCAACCACAGACAACGAGCUUCAGCACCUCAGGAAUUCCUUACCAGACUCAGUAGCCAUCAGACGGGUAAAUGAACGACUCUCAGCCUUAGGAAACGUGAUUUCUUGCAACGACCACGUUGCCAUCGUUCACGCUGACAUUGGAAAGGAGUUGGAAGAAGCCUUGAAGGAAGUGUUGAAGGUCGAAGUCUUUAGGAUGAACUUGGGAGAGCAUGCAUUGGUUGGAUCGUAUUCAUGCGUAACAUCACAUGGAGCUCUGGUGUCAGCUAAGACCCCGCCUCAAACCCAGAGAGAGUUGGCUUCGCUUCUACAAGUACCAGUUGUAGCUGGUACCGUGAACAGAGGGUCAGAGCUUGUUGGGGCUGGAGUUUGUGCCAAUGAUUGGAUGGCUAUUUGUGGGUUGAACACAACAUCAGCAGAGUUGUCAGUUAUCGAAUCUAUCUUCAAGUUGGGAGAUCAGAACCCAUCAGCUAUAUCAAAGGAGUUACGUGACACGCUCAUUGAGAGCAUGUUGUAA